AUGGCGACUCCAGGCACCGAUCUGGACCAUACCGCUCGUGCCUGCAUCAGCUCCGCCUCGGACCUUUCGUUACAAGGACAGGCCGAUCGCGACGCCAUCCGCAUUGCCCGCAAGCCACUGAAGGACGACAUCCAGAAGUGCAUUGCUCCUCACCGCCACGACGAGCCGCCGCCUUUCUUUUACGCAGAGCUUGUUGUUAUGGCUAUCAUCAGCCACGACACAGAAGACUGUGACAUCGAGUGGACUUCUCUUGAAAAUAUUCUCGAAUGGAUUUUGGAAACAUUUCCGUUCUACAAGAAAGGUGUAGCAGACGGGAUACUGAAGGCGAUCUAUUCGAAGAGGGAUUUCCAGGAAUUCGGACCAUACCAGUGCCUUAAUAUCAUCAACUCCAGCUUCAUGGACCUCUUCGAGGACUACCAAGUUCCACUCACUUACGCGGAAGGCAUGUGGACCGUUGAUGUCAGAGACGCUCGGUCAUUUCUUCACCGGUGGAUUGAGCCUCAGCAGGAUCGCAAAGGCGUGUUUCGUUUUCUGAAUCUACCAGCAGAGCUUUGA